AAAAAUAUAGUUUCAUCUGAAUGCAGUUACACAGCCGAACGAGACAUUACAAAAAUGUGUUACAACAGAUGGGUAGACCUCGUCAAAUCUAUCCUAUUACGACUACCGAGCAGCAUUAACUUGAUUGAAAAAAAGAGGCUUCGAGGCAGAGUUCAUUCCAAGAUGAUCCAACUACAGAUUAAAUUGCCGGCAAUGUCAGUUGUUCGCAUCCACCACGUUGGGAAACAGAAGAUAACUUGACAUCGCUGCAAACCUCGCGCGAGCGGUA